AUGCUUAACUCAGUUAAUAUCGAUGAAAACGCAAUCGACCAAGAAUUAAGAAGAUAUCAUUCAGAAGAUAACCUGUUUCACAAUAUUAUCGAGCGCCAAUACAUGACGAACGAGAUUAAGCAGAUGUUCUUUAAAUCAAGACAACAGGCCAUUACACGGAAAUCUUGCGCUCAUAUUGUGAUCCCAGAUAAGACUGUAUUGGAACUUCGUAAUAAGAAACAAAAUAGAGUGAGCAAAGACUUCACUACUAACAAAUCUCCUGCAAAACCUCCUAGUAAGGCACUAAUUAAGAAACCGAAGUUGAUCAAGGUUAAUUUUUAA